CUCUAUGGUCAAAUAUAAAAAAAUAAAAUUUUGUAAAUACUUGACCUAGAAGUAGUUAGUAGUUAUAUCUAUUAUUUUAUUGUUUGUGUAGUGUAGGGUGAAUAUAUUGAAAGACGCAAGAUAAAAUGUCAUCACCACGCCCAAAAUCACCUCGGACUCCAGUUUUACCCAAAAAGGAGGAUAAAGAAGAAUCAUUUUGGGAUAAAAUUGGCACUAUCGGUCGUAAAAAACGCAUAAAGGAAGUUCAAGAAGUACAAGCAGAGGGAAAAUAUGCAAUAGAUUCACCCGGAAGCCCUACAGCACCAGAAAUCCCGCCCGAGGAAUAUAGUUUGCACGAUAAUGAAGAAAGAGCAAUUAUUGAGCCUAGGUGCUUAGACGACCCUAGAGUAAAAGAGCUGGUCCAGGUUUUGAUUGAUUGGAUCAACGAUGAGCUGGCAGCUCAAAGAAUUAUUGUUAAAGACAUUAGUGAAGAUCUUUAUGAUGGACAAGUUCUUCAGAAGUUGCUGGAAAAGUUAACUGAGACAAAGUUAGAUGUUCCAGAAGUGACUCAGUCGGAAGAGGGUCAGCGACAGAAACUUGCCGUUGUCUUAAGAGCAGUAAAUAGGGUGCUGUAUGGAACAUCAAAACCAGUUCAGAAAUGGAGUGUGGAUUCAGUACAUUCCAAGAAUGUUGUUUCGAUAUUGCAUCUGCUUGUUGCUUUGGCCCGUCAUUUCCGUGCACCGAUCCGUCUUCCAGAAAAUGUUAGCGUGAAUGUUGUGGUGGUCAAGAAAGAUGCCUCUAAUCAACUAUCUCACAGGACAUACAUUGAAGAUAUAACUACUACCUAUGAUGAUCUGGGUAUGAAAUGUGAACGAGAUGCUUUUGACGCAUUGUUUGACCACGCCCCAGAUAAACUGCAAGUUGUCAAGAAGUCACUCAUCACAUUUGUGAAUAAGCACCUCAGCAAAGUGAAUCUGGAAGUGAUGGAUCUCGACACGCAAUUUCAUGAUGGUGUGUACCUUUGCCUCUUGAUGGGACUGCUUGAAGGAUUUUUCGUACCUUUGUACGACUUCCACCUAACACCUCAAGACUUUGAUCAGAAAGUGCAUAAUGUUUCAUUCGCUUUUGAACUGAUGCAGGAUGUUGGCCUUGCUAAACCAAAAGCAAGACCGGAAGAUAUUGUGAAUCUCGACCUAAAAUCAACUUUGAGAGUGCUUUAUAAUCUCUUCACAAAAUAUAAGAACAUGGCCUGAAGUUGUCAAAAAUUUAUUUUAUAUAUUUGCAGCGAAAUAUUUGUAUGUAGAGCUGGGUUUAUUGUCGAAGAACUCAAAGAGACUAAUAUUUAUCUAAUAUGAUUAAUUUGGACUAUGAUGACUAUGGAUGCGUAAAAAAUACUGAAAUACUAUAUUUACUGACACUUUUAACUUAGUAUUAAAAACAUUGUGACAAAAAGUUUAAGUACAUGUUUAGUACUUAUAAAAAGUUUAUAUAAAAAAUUUGAAAAUAUUGUAAUUGUGGUACAUACAUAUAUGACUGAGCAAAUCUUUGUCAGACCUGUAGGAGUAUCAAUAUAGAUGAGGUUUUAAAAUGCGUGUUAAUCACAUUAUUAUAACUGCAUAGACUAACUGAUAUGAUGCAGAUGAUAUGUGUUUGGAAGAUUUAGUAUUUAACUGACAAUUUUAUUAUAAAAGUUAAACUAAAUUACAAAUAUCAAUAUAAAUGGAUAAUUACCAAUGGGUACAAAAAAAUAAUGAAUUGAGUAAAAUAAAACAAACAAAUAUAUUUAUAUUAAAUGUUCAGUUAAUAUCAUAUGGUCUUACAUGUAAACGUUACUUUGUGUUUGUCUAGAUAACACUGAUUUCUCUUGUUUUGUCAUUUUUUAUUUGACAUUCGAAAGAUGACAUAGUUUUGUUCAACUAAGAACGAUAAUUUAUAGCAUGAAUAAAAAUGUAGCAGUCAUUGUUAUCAAUGGACAUGUUUGUUAUAGCUGUGACGUUUUUCUUUACUUUGUUAAAUCAGAAGAGUUAUUAUGGAAUGCAUUUUUAAUUUACAUUAAGUUUAUUGUUAAAUAAAAAAUAUUCGAUGUCAGUGUAUUAUUGUGUUCAUCAAUUUGGAAUUUCAUCAAUAAUGACACUGCUUGUAAAAAUUACGAGUUAGUCGCAGAGUCGUUCAAGUGUGUUCAAACCCUAAUAUUCGCUGCAAAUUCUUUUGUGUUCAUGUGUAGACGUAACAUGCUAAUAAUCUUGCUUUAUGUAGUAAGAACAUUAAAAACUAACAAAUUAUAUUAAUUUAUUAACAAUGUGCCUUGUCUUAUGUAUUAAAAAUAAAUUAACUACGUUUUUUUA